UCCCUGCCCAGUCGAGCUGUAGAAUUGAUUUGAACCUUGAGAGGGUCGCAUCUGAUCAUCUAAUCGAAAGAGUCCAACGGAGCCAGGAAAGCUCAAGCACCUCCCUCUCAAUCCCCUUCCGCUUGGAAAUCGCCUUUCAGUACGAUUAGUGCUGCACCUAGUUUCUCUGCACCUGCUCUCAGACAACCGUCAAAAUUUCUAUCAUUGAGGAUCUUGAGUUUGCGGAGGAAGAAAUGGGUGCGGGAGCCAGCGCAGAGGACAAAAAGUCCAAGGAGUUGGAAAAACAACUCCAACAGGAUGCUGAUAAGGACGCUAAAACGGUCAAGCUAUUACUGCUUGGUGCUGGUGAGUCAGGAAAAAGCACCAUCGUAAAACAAAUGAAGAUUCUGCAUCAAGGUGGUUACACAAAAGAGGAACAGCUGGAAUUCAGAGGGAUCAUCUAUGGCAACAUCCUGCAGUCUGCUCUGGCUAUCAUCAGAGGCAUGGAGAUGCUGAGCGUGGAUUUUGGCGCGGCCUCUGCACAGGAAGAUGCACAGAAGCUGCAGAACUUGUCAGACUCCAUCGAGGAAGGCACAAUGCCCUCUGAGCUGGGCGACGUCAUCAAGAAGCUGUGGAAAGACACUGGUGUGCAGGCCGGCUUCGACAGAGCUGCUGAGUACCAACUGAACGACUCUGCUGGCUACUACCUCAACGAAUUGGACAGAAUCUGCAAGCCAGACUACCUCCCCACUGAACAGGAUGUGCUGCGAUCCCGAGUCAAAACAACUGGUAUCAUCGAGGAACAGUUCGCCUGCAAAGAGUUGCACUUCAGGAUGUUCGAUGUGGGUGGCCAGAGGUCAGAGAGAAAGAAGUGGAUCCAUUGUUUCGAGGGUGUGACCUGCAUCAUUUUCUGCGGAGCUCUCAGUGCAUACGACAUGGUGCUCGUAGAGGACGACGAAGUGAACCGCAUGCACGAGUCCCUCCAUCUAUUCAACAGUAUCUGCAACCACAGGUUCUUCGCACUGACCUCCAUCGUGCUUUUCCUCAACAAGAAGGAUCUGUUUGAAGAUAAGAUCAAGAAAGUCCAUCUGAGUAUCUGCUUCCCCGACUAUGACGGCUCCAACACGUACGAAGACGCCAGCAACUACAUCAAGGCUCAGUUCUUGGAGCUGAACAUGAAGAAAGGUGUGAAAGAAAUCUACUCCCACUUGACCUGUGCCACAGACACAAGGAACGUCGAGAUUGUGUUCAACGCCGUGACAGACAUCAUCAUCAAAGAAAACCUCAAAGAUUGCGGUCUUUUCUAAAAUAAGCAGCUGCGGAGUGAAAAGAGAACUUCCUUUCCUACCUUAACCCCUCACAUAUUGGCAUUAACUGAGAAGUGUACUGAUGGAGCAUAGAGGAUCCUCUGUUUGUUGAGUUCAUGCCAUCGUUUCCAAGCCAAGUCCCAGUCCUGCAUGGUCCUUGACUGCUCCCAGCACCUCACCACAUCUAACAGUACAUCCCUGAAACACAGUGCACGUCCAGCUGGGUUGAAACUACCAUGAAGUCACUAUCACUAUCGUCAUUUUGGGCAUACAGCGUUCGACAGGAUUCUUCAGUUUUUUCAAAAGUACAGUAUUUAUCAAACACCAGAAGCUGCUGGUUUGAAGGUAUGAAGAUGAGAUAGUUGCUUGCUCGAUCCUUAUUGCUUACUUUUGACUACUGUAUUGUGAGUUAUAUUUAAUAUUUAAAAAACCCAAGCUCUGUAAAAUUAAUAAAAAAAAUAAAAAACAGGGGGAAAUAUUAAUAUUUUGAAUAGCAACAUGGCAACCUUGUUUUUGUUUUUGAGUACACUAGUGUCUGUGGUCUUGAUAAAUUUAAACUGUGAAAAGUCGCUAAGCGAAUAUCUCCACUAUCGAUAUUCCCAGCACUCGCAGUGUAUCCAGAUUACAAAACCCAAUUGUACAUGUAUCUAAUUUAAAUAGCGUUAAUGUACUCAAUUCAUUUAACAUUUUAAUGUGAUGAUUUACUGUGAGAAGGUCAAACAUGGUAGAGAAACUUUGUACAUAAGAGUAGAUAAUGCAUUAUAUUUUGAAAGAUAAAUCUAUGGAACUAUAUGAGAGCAAGAGAGGGAAACACUAGGGGUGAUGCUUUAUUAUGAAAAGGGAAUGAAAAUCUACUGAGUUUGUCCUUUCUUAUGAAAAGUAGAAGCAUGAAAUAAAGAUGCAUCAACUUCA